UGAGUUCUCUUCUCUGGCAGUAGUCAUAUUCACCGGUGACAAGUGGCGACAAACAUCAGCGGAGAAAUCAUUAGCGAGAGGCGAAAUUCCAAACUUCUCUGCGACUCACAAUCUGUAAUUUUCCGAAUUUCAGGAUUGUUGUGUUGUGCUCAUUCACGGCCAUGGAAACCUUGAGAGAAAAGGUUAUGGUGUGGUGUUACUGGAAUGGUUCUAUCAAGUAUGCUCCUGAUGGCGUAUUCUUUGAAGGAUCCACUCCUAAGAAGAUCAAAGUUAGGCGAAAGACUGCGUUAACCACAUUGUUGAAUGGGCUUUAUCCAAUUUUUGGAUUAGAUAAGCAGAAAUCAGAGUUCAAAAUCUUCGGUAGGUACCCUGUAGCUGUUUCACCGGAUCUGUUUACUUAUCUACUUCUUCCUGUGGUGAACGACUCUAGUUUGGAGACUAUGCUUGAUGUUCCAACCAAUCAUCCUUCUAUUAAACUUGUGAAGUUGUAUUUGGAAGUGAGAUCCACAUCUGAUGAUGUUGCUGAUCCUGCUGCAUGUUCAUCUCUAUUGGAAAAUCCCGCUAGUUCCUCGAAAAGACAGAGGAUCCACCAACCCCCUGAAGCUACUGGUUAUGUGUCACAUCCAUCUGUUAAAGUAGAGAGGUAUAUUGGGAUAGAGGUUCAGGGAGUGGAUAACAGUAACGGGUGGAUUGAAGACGAGGAAAAUUCUGACUUUGGAAACGGUAGCACUCAUGGAGGUGGAGAUGGAGAAAUGACGGAUAAGAACUCGGGUUCAGAUGUUUUGGUUAAUAACGACAAUGCACACAGUGAUUUGAAUGUGUCAGGCUUAGAGGCAUUGGCAGAUCCAUGCUUCGUAAGUAAAAGUGUCGUCGAUUCGAGUGCUUCAAAACCGUCGUCUCUGUCCAGUUUGUGGGUUGAUGAUCAUGAAUUGCGUGUGGGAUUGUGUUUUAAAGAUAGGGAUGAGCUGAAGAAGGCGGUGGACUGGUGUUCCAUUAGAGGGCAGCAAAAGUGUGUAGUAAAAGAGAUUAAGAAGGAUGAGUAUAUGUUCAAAUGCAUCAGAUGGAAAUGCAAUUGGUCGCUUCAGGCUUCUAGAAUAGAAGAACAUGGACUUGUGCAGAUAACUAGGUGUAGUGGUCCACAAACUUGUUGUUAUAUUAAGCCAGAGAAUUUCAACUUGGAAUUUGCAGCAGAAGAGAUUGAAAGUCUGAUAAGGGUACAACCCACACUAACAAUUGCGGAGUUGAAAAAUUGGUGGUUAGACAAAUUUGGCGACAUGCUUAAAACUUCAGAGCUGCGGGCAGCAAAACAGGAGGUAAUCAAAAAGGUAUUUGGUGACUGGGAUCAGAGUUUCAGAGUGUUGCCUCAAUUAAUGGCUGCCUUUCACUCAUCUAAUGGGCUACUUGUUGACUGGCAAUACGAACUUUUUCCUAAUCCUGAAUUUGCAUCCUUCAGUGGCGUGUUUUGGGCGUUUCCACAGUCCAUUGAAGGGUUUCGAUACUGUAGACCUCUGAUCAUAGUGGAUUCCAAAGACUUGAAUGGUACGUAUCCUAUGAAACUGAUGAUUGCCUCAGGACUCGACGCUGAUGAUUGCUUUUUCCCGCUUGCAUUUGCGCUUACCAAAGAAGUAUGCACUGAUAGUUGGCGUUGGUUUCUCGCUGUUAUUAACGAACCCGGGUCACUGUGGCAAGAACCGUGGGCUUAUCACAGGUUCUGUCUUGAUCGGUUUUGCUUACAAUUCCAUGAUAUUUUUCGAGACUACAACCUGGAAGAUCUUGUGAAGCAAGCUGGAUCUACAAGUCAGAAGGAAGAAUUUGAUUCCUACAUGAAGGAAAUUGAAAGGAAGAACUCAGAAGCUCGAAAAUGGUUAGACCAAUUCCCUCAAGAUCAGUGGGCUCUUGCUCAUGACAGUGGUAGGAGAUCCGGAGUCAUGACGGUAGAAACAGAAGACUUGUUUGCAAUUUGUGAAAACUUUGACUCUCUUGGUCUUUCAGUGACAGCGAACGCACUGCUUCUGUUUGAUGAGAUGAGAUUAGUUUUUCACACGGGACUUUGUGAUAGCAGUGGUAGAGUUAACUGCGGUGAUGUGUACACUAAACUUGUCAUGGACAAGCUUGAUGAGUUUAGGAAAGGUACUGUUACUUACGUUGUAAUGCCUUUACAGGAAGGUGCGUUUCAGGUCACAGAGCCGUUACAUAAAGAUGGAUGGAUCGUUCGGCUGAGCGAAUGCACCUGCACAUGUGGCAAGUUUCAGUCGAAGAAGUUUCCGUGUCUACACGCUCUAGCAGUUUGCGCAAAGCUGAAAAUAAACCCUUUGCAGUAUGUAGACGACUGUUACACUCUUCAACGAUUAUUCAAAACUUACACAGGCACUUUUGCUCCUGUUCCGGAAGUAUCAGCUUGGCCGGAAGCUUCAGGAAUCCCGACAUUGUUCCCACCAGUCAUGUCUCUGCCACCGCCUCCAACUAGUCCUCGCACUAUUCAGAAGAAGAAGUGCUAAUCGCUUACCGUUUCUAUUGUAUCUUUGUGUC